CGAGAAAAGUAAGAAGAGUAGCUAAACCCGCCCUGUUGGGAACCUUGAUUAUUAUUCAAUUUACAUUCUUGUUUCCGAAAUCGAGUAAAUUCAUUUACAAUUCGCAAUUUCAUUCCUUCCAUCCCUUCUUCACUCUCUCUGAUCAAACCAAACCCUCUCGCUUCCCCCAAUUCGAAUUCUCCGGCGAUGGCAACCGCGGCGGGCGGCGGCGGCGGCGACGUGGAGGCCGGGUUCGCGAAGCUCCAGGGCGAGGACUUCGAGUACUACAUGCAGACCUACUCCAUCGUCCUGGGCCGCAACUCGAAGAAGUCCACCGUGGACGUGGACCUCUCGAGCCUCGGCGGCGGCAUGAACAUCUCCCGCCACCACGCCCGCAUCUUCUACGACUUCGCGCGGCGGCGCUUCGCCCUCGAGGUCCUCGGCAAGAACGGGUGCCUCGUGGAGGGCGUGCUCCACCUCCCCGACAACCCCCCCGUGAAGCUCGAUUCCCAAGAUCUGCUCCAGAUUGGGGACAAGGAGUUCUACUUCCUCUUGCCCGUUCGCAGCAUACUGGGCGGGCCCCUCGGCCCGCGCCACUACCCCGCCCACCCCGCUCCUGGGCCCGUCGUCGGCCACUACAAUUACCAUCUGGGCCCUGCCGCGGCCAAGAAGGCGCACCGGAGGGAGUACUACGAGGAGGAGUUUGACGACGAGGAUGAUGUCGGUGGGAGGAAGAUGCGGAGGGAAGGGUAUGAUGGCUAUGGCUAUGCUGCUGGCAAGGCAUCCCUGUCCGCACCUUUGGAUAAGAAGUCUGAAGGCAGAUCCCGAGUAGAUCGAGAUGCUGACAAUCUCCAGCUUCAGCAGCUGGAAGAAAAGGAUGUAGUAUCAUCUGUAGCUACUGUUCUCUCUGAUCUCUGUGGUCCUGGAGAGUGGAUGCCUAUGGAGAAACUUCAUGCGGAGCUGUUGGAGCAAUAUAGCAGUGUUUGGCACCACAGUAGAGUGAGGAGGUAUCUAACGUCAGAAGAUUGGCCUGGUCCUGAUUCCAAAGGGAAGCCAUGGUAUGGCUUGCUUAUGCUAUUGAGGAAGUACCCCGAGCAUUUUGUCAUCAACACAAGGUCCAAGGGCCGUAUCACCCUGGAGUUUGUUUCUCUUGUCUCUCUUCUAUCGUGAGCCCCAAGAAACUGGAAAGGAAAUAACUAUCAGCUGACAGUGAUAUGUGGUUUAGAUCCAAGCCUGUAUAAAAUUACCUACGUUGCUUUUUUUUUUUUUUUUUUUUUGGGGUAAAUACUUAUGUUGUUACUGGGUAAAUAUGUGCUCCCCCCACCCUUAGUGCUCUUAGAGCAGAAAGAACUAUUUGUUCUAUCUAUUACAUGGAUUAGAAAAUGGGAUGUUAGAAUUAAAAUUCAAUGAAUUGGCUGUGUCUAGUAUAGUUGAUUCACCCUAUAAAAUUUAGGAGUGGAAAAGCGGAAGAGGCACCCCGGGAUUAUUAUUUUUAACUUUGUUAUUGAUAUGUACCGAGUAGUUUUUUCGAAAAAUUUAUUAGUCACUUUUAACGAA